UAGGCCAUGAGCCACCCGCUUCCCGCCCAGGGGCAUUGCCCUGGCACUCCCCUGCCAGUGAGCGGCAGCGAGACGCUGGGGCCUGUUCCCCACAGCCAUCGGAGCAGAUUGCGGACUUUGCGAGCCCUAUGUCGCUGGCCCCCCAGAACCCAGAAGAUGCCAGAUGGGGCUCCGGCCAACCCCAAAGGGUGCAGGAAGAAGGGGCUGGUUAGACAAACCCCUGGGAGGAGAGGCCUGAGCCUCAGGACCUCUUCAAGAACCUCCAGAUCUCGCCUGGGGAUGAAGAGUUUCAUCACCAUCACCAUCCUAGCCAGCAGCGUCCUGCCUGCGGCCCGCAGCAGCCUGCUCAACCUCAAGUCCAUGGUGGAGACGGUCACUGGGAGGAACGCCAUCUUGUCCUUCGUGGGCUACGGCUGCUACUGCGGGCUCGGGGGCCACGGCCUGCCCAUGGACGAGGUGGACUGGUGCUGCCAUGCCCACGACUGCUGCUACCAGAAGCUCUUUGACCUGGGCUGCCGCACCUAUGUGGACCACUACGACUACACCAUCGAAAACAACACUGACAUUGUCUGCAGCGAGCUCAACCAGACCGAGUGUGACAAGCAGACGUGCGAGUGCGACAGGAGCGUGGUUCUGUGCUUCCAGAAGCAGAUAUACAGGGAGGAGCACCGCAACUAUCUCAACAUCUACUGCCAGGGCCCCACGCCCAACUGCAGCAUCUACGAGCCGCCCCCCGCGCCACCCUAGGUCCCCUGGGGCUGGUGGAGGAGCUGGGAGGAGGCUCUGGCUCUGGGGGCCAGGUGGAUGGAGCAGGUGGAGGUGGGGGUGGAUCGGGAACCCCGGUGCGUCUGGCCGCCUUGCCCUGGGAGCCUUCCAGUGGUCCAGAGGACUCAGAAAGGUCUGGGCCCUGGCCCUGGCCACCAGGCUCCUCAAGCCCAGCCCUGGGUGUGGCUUCGUCCUGGACGCGGCAAGGGGGCGGCACAUGCCUUGUUGGGGUCUCCCCCAAGCGUGGAAGAGAUUGGGGGCCUCUGAGAGAGGCCUCUCGCUGACUGAGCCAGGCACAAAAGGGUGGAUCCCAGGGUCUUCAAGACCCAGGCCUGCAGCAGCCACACGGGCCCAGAGCUCCGUGUGUCCUAGGAGCAGCUCCCAGGCAGACGGAGUGCUGGUCACAGGUCUGGGUUCUGGGGGCCCCUCGCUGCUCCCACAGGAUGAGUCGGGGUGAUCCAUGCUUUGGGGGCCUCCAGAGCCCCAUUAAAGAGCAGGUGGCCCCAUCCUGGCCUUCAUCGUUGGCACAUGAGUCCCAGCCCAGAUCGGAUAGUCACAGGGCUUGGGUCCCAGCCCUGAAGUCCAGCCUCAGUGACCCAAAGAGCCUCCAAGCAGGCUCCUGGGCCCUGAGAGAACCCACAUGCACCACCCCCCCGCCCCAGGUCCACAGGGACCCAGAUGGGGGCACACACAAACAUGCCCCCCCAGGCAGGUCUUCCUGUCUCUCCUGCUGACCCACUCAGCUCAGAGGAACAGCCUGGCCACGACUCUGCAGCCCUGAGCAGCUCUGAGGAGACCCUAACCCCAGCGUCCCCGGUCUCUGACAAACACACAGGCCAGAGGGUCACGGUCUAGAUGGCCAGGCCCUCCACCGCGCCUCCCCCCAUGCAGCAGCCAGGCCAGGGAGUGGAAUGGGCCAGAAGCCUCUCUCCCUGGACGAGGAGGGACAAGGCUGCAGCCUCAACCCAGAAUCCCGCUGCAUGCAGAGGGCGCCGAGAGCUGGAACCCAGCUUGGGGAAAAGGGGACAGAGGCAGGAGGGACCAGGGCCAGGCAGGAGGCUGUGGGAAAGAUUCAAGAAGGGGUAGACAGGGAACAGGAUGAGGACAGGGAAGGGAGGGGGGAGCGGGGAGACACGGGGUUGGGGGGGGGACCAGACUCCAGACCAGAGCGGUCUUGGCAGGAGAAGGGGGCGGAGGAGCCUUGGGGAUGGGGGAGCCCUCGGGCCUGGGGGGCCGCCGGCCGGAGCGGGGGCAAGGGUCAGGCCCAGCAGGCCGCCUCCCGACAGGCGCCAGCACUGAUAUCUUCCCAGGUGCACCUUCCUCGCCUCCCCUGCUGACCUCAGGCAUCAGCGGCCUCCGGGUGCCCAGGGCGCCCCACCGCAUCCUGCCUUCUGUCUUUGUCUGGCAUCAACCCUGAGGGCCCAGUGGUGCAGCACUGUGACCCCAGGGAUGCUCAGAACAUCCACCAGGAAUCUCGGCCCUCCCGGGGGCCCUGGGGACUUACAGUCCUCAGGGGAGGGCUGUGGGAGUGGUGAGAAGGUCUACAAAAAACCAUGACAGGACUGGACGGAGCCCCGCCGAGCUGCAGCUUCUAGGAUGCCUGCCCUGGGGGCUGGGGUCAGCACUCACUGAGUGUGGGACCACCGCUCACCCCCUGCUGUCCUGCUGGCCACAGUGGGUGACGGCUGUGGUCCCCCACAUGCCCUGACCCCACCUGCCCAGUCACCAAGAUCCUCCCGGGAGCCCACCUUUUCCUCACCAUCCCAGGCUGACCCCCAACUUCUCUGAGCUGAAUCUCCACCCCCGCUGCCCCCACAACCCAGGCAGGGAUGGAGUCAGGAUGGGGAGUCCCCCAGAGGUGGGGACCACAGAGGCCUGGGCCCCUUGCCCAUGGAAGCCCUAGCUGUGCCCCUCCACACACAAACACACCCUCACCUUCCUGAAAGUCUGGGUGUUGGGAGGCAAUUCUGCUGCUAAGGGGUUCUGCCUGCCCACCCCUCACCCCAGACUCUCCCAGGUGCUGCGACCCAAAGAGAGUAUUCCCAGGACUCGACAUCCCCUCCUUAAACUAUUAAAGGCCUCCUUCCUCAACUCCUCACCACUGGAUCCUCGCUGGCAUGGCACCCACUGGCCAGGCAUCAGGGGAAAGCACAGCAGUUCCCUCCUGGGUCUCCAGCUCUGGGGAAAAUGGGUUCCCUGGUGCCUAGCAGUGGGCAUGACCUGCUCCCUCCCUGCCUCUGGCCUGACAGAAGCAGCUGCCCUCCAGCAGAAAUGCAAGUGUUGGGAGGGUUGGAAAGUAGGACUGUGGUCCAGCAAUCGGACAACACGAGCAACCAGUGGGCUGAGAGCUUGCCCGGCGUCCAGUCCUUGACACUCUCCGUCCAUCCCAUCUUUUUUUUCUGUUGGAGAACUGAGGCCCAGAGAGGGCAGGUAACUUGCCCAAAGUCACCCAGGCCAUUAGUGAUGGUGCUGGGCUCUGAAUCCUCAGCCUCUGACUUUUCAUGUCACCUCUUUGCACCUUCUUAAUGAGGACUCAGGCCGCUGGGGCCAGCGGGACAAGUGACUGAGAGCCCAGCAGGGUGCCAGGUCCUGGGUCCUGGCUUGACCCCUUGCCUGUGAGGGGCAUCGGUUUCCCCAAGUGCAGAGAGGCCAGAGCAGCUGUUUCAGAGGCUACCCAAAGCUGUGGAUUUUCCCGCGACACCCAGGGGUGACCUCUGAGGAAGGGGAGGCUGAGCAGACAGGAGUCGGAGGCCUCCUACUCAUCCUUCCAUGAGCAACCCUGCUUUUCCUGCGGUAUCUACUGCCCCUUCACAAGAGCUACUGCAAGGAGAAGAGGAACUCUUUGGUCAAAAGGUCGAAAAGCCCUGGACAUGGUCAUCCAUUGAUUGGUUCAUUCAUUCAGUGAACCUGUCCUGGUGGUCUCCUAUGGACCAGGCUGGGCUUCACAGUAGACACUGCUGAUCAGACACAGCUCCUGCCCACAGGAAGCCCACAGUCUGGGAGAGGGAGGCAGAUAUGUGGACCGACAUCCUUGACGUAUGGGGCCAGGUGGUGUCAGGUUGGAGCCCAAGCAUGUCUCUGCCAGUCCUGGAAGUGGCCCCGGAGUGGGUGGGGUGGAGCUGGAAUGCUGUAUUAGAUGCCUCUGAGGUGGCGAAGGAGAAUGGGACCAUGGAUUUUGAGGAAGGACUCUGCUUAACCCAGUCUGGGUAGUCUUUCUCUCCUUAGGUUAGUGAGGUCUUUGAUGCUAAGGCUUGAGGAGGAUGAGGGACUUCCUUCCACUGGUCUGAGGGCGGCCACCGCAAAGACGCUCUCCUUGACCACAACUUGGGCAGGCUCUUGCGAGAUCUUUUCUCAACCAAGGCUCCACAUGUGGGUUUCCGUUGCCCUGUUUUAGCAAGAAUCCUGCUACGUCGGUUCACUGAGCACCCCCACCCACCCUGGGUAUCUGAUCAAAUCUCUCAUCCUCCACUCCUCCCCCCACCAGUGAUAUCAGAUCACCCCCACACUCCUUCUCCAAGAAUCCUGUUUGGUCAGUUCAGCAGGAAUUCCCUACCCUGUCAGGAAUUUUCCAUCCCCACCUCCAACUCCUGCUAUAAAUCCCCACUUAAGAAAACUCAGGAUCUCACAGUGCUGUAGAGCAGAGGCUAAGACAACAUUGUAAAGCAACUAUACUCCAGGAAAAAUAGAAAACUGAAGAUGUGAAGUCGUUUUUGGAAUUGAGCCCAAAUCUAUACUGGCCCCUGUUGCGAGAGUUUUUGAAUAAAAAUCUGUUUUGGUAACUUUACUAUCCAUCUCUGGUUUUCUAGGAGCUGUGACUCAGAUGGAGGAGUCAGAUUCACCACUGGACCCUGGGAUCUCUGCCAACUAAAAAUUGGCACUUGCCACGUGCUUCCAUAAGAAGGAAGUCACCAGACACUGCAUCUGCGGACUUCCGACGCUCCCUAAAGGGAGUUCGGGGUGGAAAUGAGCCUCAGGAAUGAGGCUCUCUGUGCUCUGGGAAAAAGUGGCAGAACAGGUCCUCAGAUAGCUAGAUACUUUCAGGAGAAGAUUUUAUGAGCCCAAUUUCCAACAUCUUCUCACAUCUAGAAAAGCGCUAAAAUUACUUAUGGAGACGUCUGCUCCUCAUAACAGCAACCUUCUUGACUCACGGGAAUCUUUCGUAAAAUGUGUGCUUGGUGGUGCAUAACUCCCUUCACCAAAGUCACAAAUAUUCUUACGCCUUCCCUCUUUAACUCUUUGGAGCAUUUUCUCAGCACUAUUUCAGACACUAUAGUUCUCAUUUUGCCCCCAAUAAAACUUAACUCACAUCUCUCA